CACUGAUCGGCAGCACUGAUAGGUGGCACUGAUUGGCAUUGAUAGGUGGCACUGACUGGCACUGAUGGGUGACACUGAAAGGCAGCUCAGAUGGGCACUGAUAUGUGGCAUUGAUGUGCACUGGUAGGCACUGAUGAGCACUGACAGCUGGCACUGAUGGACACUGACAGGUGGCGCUGCUGGGGCUACACUGAUCAUCAGGGCACACUGAUCAUCAGUGCCCUGAUGAUUACUGUCAGCGUGACAGCUCGAGAGGAGAGAAAUGCCGUUAACCGGCAUUUCCCUGUUUACAUGUGAUCAGCUGUGAUUGG